ACGGAAAUGCUGUUUACGUUGUACGUUAUGUUGCUAUGCUGUUCAAGUUGUUAUAGUUAUAAGUGUGGUGAGAUAGCAGGUUGUUAAUACGUUUUUAUAUUAUUAUAUUAAUUAUACUUGGAUCAAAGAACAAAAACAUUUUGAGCAACGACACUUUCCGUUUGCCGCAGUUUCACGGAACAAUGAAAUAAAACACUCAACACCUGAGAACGUCAGCGAAUCUCGCAUUUGAUGCAGUGAACAACAAAGGCUGCUAGGAUGGAUGAUAUCUACACUUUGCAACAGGAAGUGGGACGAGGCAGCUAUGGAGUGGUCUUCAAGGGACGUGUAACAGAGACUGGCUGGUGGGGCGAGAAGGGCGACACGGUGGCCAUUAAACGUCUACCAUGUUGUAGCCCAGAGAGUAUAGAGCUCUACCUGCAGGAACUGUGGGCUAUGAGAAUCACAGCCCGAAACCACCCCAAUGUUAUCGCUCUAUACAACUGCCUCUUACAGACUGGACCUAGAACACUGCAACCCCUGAAAUCAGGGAGGCUCCCUUUGGAUUUAGUGGAGAGUGCUCUCAAAGGGAGAGUGGUGGACAAAGACUCAAAAACCCAACUGAGGAAUUCCUCCAGGUCAAAGCGGAGGCUGAUGUCCACAGAGGAGGUUCCCAGGCGCUGCUUUGCCCUUUGGUUGGUGAUGGAGUACUGUGAAGGAGGGGAUUUGAGCCAGUACAUCCUAUCCAGGCCGCCGGAUGCUGAGUGCAACUAUGCAGUGGUUCAACAACUUGGCAGUGCCAUUGCGUUCCUGCACGAGCAUGGAAUAGUGCACCGUGAUAUAAAGCCAGAUAAUGUUCUUGUCUGUCUUACUAAAACAGGACCGGUCAUGAAGGUGGCAGACUUUGGCCUCAGUAAGAUGGUGGACAAUCCUACAGAUGGUGUUCAGAGUAGACUGGCUCUUUCCUCUACCUGCGGCUCAGACUUCUAUAUGGCUCCAGAAGUUUGGGCAGGUCGUAGUUAUACAGCCCAGGCUGACAUCUUUUCUCUGGGUGUGCUUUUCUGGGCUGUGCUGGAGAGAAUCACUUUCCUAGAGGAUGGCAGCAAUCAAGAACAACUGGGUGCAUAUGUAAUGCGAGGCCGCUGGCUCCUCCCGUUAGGUGAGGCUCUGUGUCAGAAUCCCGACCUGCAGUUGAUCAUCCCUAUGAGGGCACGACGUGCUCCGCCACUGCCACUGCCUCCAAACCCUAUUAUGUGCGAGCUGCUGAUGGACAUGCUAGAUUCUGACCCUGACCUCCGGCCCACGGCAGACCAGCUGGCGAAGAGGGUCCGGCGUGCCAUAGAGGUGCACUGACCUCAGAGCAGCAUGCUAACAACCAGUCUCCUUUAUACACUGAAAAACUUGAAGCCAAAAAAAGUUGAAAUUGAGAUUUAUAGAUUUGUGUUAUUUGUCUUGAAUUUCCAUUAAGUGCUGUGCGUCUGUUACUGCGUGAUGCUUUAUGAAUUGUUCUAUAAUUUCAAUGUAAUUAGUAUAUAGGGUUGCAAAGGGGCAGAAAAUUUCCGGAAGUUUUCCGGAAACUUUCCAUGGGAACUUCAUCUGGGGAACUUUGGAAAUAUUCCAAAUUUGAAACUUACCAGGAAUUUAUGGGAAUUUAAGGGAAUUUUGGGGAAUUUAAGGGAAUUUAUGGGAAUUAAUUGGAAAUUUAUAAAACUGUAUCAAAUACAAACAUAUAUAUUUUUUUGAUCAUAGACUCACUAGCAUGGAAACAAAUACAAAUUUUAAAAAUGACAUUUUUGGGGGCGAAUCUGUGAUGCUUUUUUCAGGAUUUAUUGAUGAAUAAAAACUUAUGAACAGUUUAUUCAAAACAGAAAUAUUUUCUAACAAUAUAAGUCUUUGCUACUACUUUUUUAAAAUUAAUUUAACACAUCCUUGUUGAAUAAAAGUAUUAAUUUAUUUCAAAAAAAGAGAAAAGAUACUGACCCCAAACUUUUGAAUGGUAGUGUAUUGUUAAAAAAGGAUUUCUAUUUUAAAUGUGUUUUUUUUUUUAAACUCUUUAUUCAUCAAAGAAUCCUGAAAAAAGAAUCACAGGUAAUAAUAAUAAUAAUAAAAAUAUAUAUUAAGCAGCACAACUGUUUCCAAAAUUGAUAAUAAAUAAGCAUAUUAGAAUAGCUUUGCAUCACAGAAAUACAUUAUAUUUUAAAGUAUAUUACAACAGAAAACCAUUAUUUUAAAUUGGAAUACCGGCAAUACUGCACAAUAUCACUGUUUUUUUUGUUUUUUUUUUCUGUAUUUUUGAUCAAACAAAUGAAGGCUUGAUGAGCAAAAGAUAUGCAAUGUUUAAAAACAUUAAAAAUAGUAAUGUGUCCAAACGUUUGACCAGUACUGCACUUCUGUAUGAUAACAGAAAGCUUGCUAGCAGAAGGAGCAUCACAGCUUGAGCUAUAUAGCACACAGCCUACCUCAUAAACUGUCUAGCUACUGUAUAAACACUUUUUGGUAUUUACUAGUUAAACGUGAAUCUCAUAGAUCAAAUAUAUUUUGAAUAUCAAAACUUAGAUGUAGUCUUUGGGCUCAAAUGCAGAAAGUGCGGCUUCAGAGAAAAUGAAGGGGAAUCCCCCUCUUAGGUGACUAGAGGGGAUUGUGUGUGGGGGGAGGGUCAUUUUUAGACUUUUGUUUUAUUAUUAUCUCAGCUAAACGUUUGUUCAGUCAGUGUAUUUGUUUUACUAUGGUAUAGCCUAAUUUAGUUGCACAGUAUAUUACACACAGCACAAGGAAGUUUUAAACAUUUUUUGUAAUAUUCAUGUAAUUUAUAUGAAUACUUACCAAGAUGGACAUUUUGAUAUUUUGUGUGCAGGAUUUAAGAAAUGAUCUGUGCAUGUUAAGGAGGAAAGCACAGUGCAUGUAGGGGGCGUGGCCUCGACAGCCCGCAGUAAGCAGUGUGCUGUGUGCGAUUGAGCAACGUGUAGAGUAGAAAUUAAACUGAAAUUGCAUUAAAUCUGGUUGUUUUAACCAAGAUUAUGCUGCAAGUUUUUGUUCUCAACUACAUUUAUGUUCCUAGUUCCUGCAAUUUAGCAAAUUUCCAGUUUAUUCCCAUAUAUUCCCGUUAAUUCCCAUGGAAAGUUUCCAGUCUUGAAAAUUCCCGGAAUUUUGCAACCCUAUUAGUAUAUAGAGCUGCAUGAUAUAUCCAAAUAUCACAAAUAAAUAAACUGCUAUAUGCAUUUCAUGACUUGCAAUAAUGGAAUGAUUUUAAUACUUCUAAAAGUUUACACACUUAAAGCAUUAUCAUACUGCAUUCUUCAAUAUCGUGCAGCCCUAUUAAUAUAACUAAGCUUUUGCUCUAUUUCAAUGAAUGUAAUUUUAGAUAUUUAUUGAGAAGUCAACUAAGGAACAGUAUAAAAUGAGUGAAACAAUACAGUAUUGUGGGGAAAAACAGUCCAAACUUGCUUUAUCUGUAGAAUUUGUAACAGCUUUCAUGCUUGUAAGGAUCACGCCACAAAUCGCCACCUUGAAGCGACAGUGUAAUUAUAGAAAGUCAAAAUGACUGAAACCUUUGAAGUUUCAUAGCUGGUGGCACAUGUUCAAUAUCUAGAUUGGAGGGGAAAUAAUUUUGUUUCCCGUAAUGUGUAUCUGUGAAAAAUGGCACAAGUAUCAAUCAUUCAGAUCGCAUGUUUUCCACUGACAGGACUGUCAUGGUUUCUGUGGCUUUAGUGGCCAGUCUUAUAGAUGGUUUUGUCUUUACAGGAUGCUUCAGAUGAUUUUCUGGUUGGGGAAAGUGCUCCAUCUUCCACAGGAAAUUAAAGUCCCCCUUUAUGAUGGAUUUAAACGAUAUUUGGCUCAAUUUGUGUUCAAUACUUCUCAGGUCUAGAAAAUGAAAAAC